AUGUCCUCCUAUAAAUGUGAAGAGGAAGGCACACUCAGAAGUCACAGCUGUGUCCUCAUUUAUAAAUCGGAGGCAAAGGGAGAUGAAAAUCACACUCCAGACAGUAACUUAAUCGGACUCACCACCAAGAUGUUAAAAGUGAAGAGGCUGGAGGAAGCAGACACGUGUUACAACAGUAACCAGCUGGAGAAAAUGGCCUUUUUUCAGUGCAUGAAAAAGGUUGAGAAAUGUUUUCUGGAAGAAAGUUCUAGUGAACAAGAUUCAAGAUCUGGAAAGAAUGAGGCUAAGGAGAAGGUGCGGUCACACUCCGGCCAGAAGGAAACGACCCCUGUCAAAGGCAAAAGGCAAUCAGCCCUCACAGAUGACAGCCCGGCUCCUCCUGCCCCAUUUCAUCACCGUAUUGUGACAGCCAAACAAGCAGCAGUCAACAGUUUUUAUACUGUGAGCAGAACCGAAAUUUUAGGAGGCGGGCGCUUUGGCCAGGUUCACAAGUGUGAAGAGAAGGCCACAGGUCUGAAGCUGGCGGCCAAGAUCAUCAAGACCAGAGGCGUGAAAGAUAAGGACGAAGUGAAGAACGAGAUCAAUGUCAUGAACCAGCUGGAUCAUGUGAAUCUCAUUCAGCUCUACGACGCCUUUGAGUCUAAGAAUGACGUUGUCCUGGUCAUGGAGUAUGUGGAGGGCGGGGAGCUGUUUGACCGAGUCAUUGAUGACAGUUACAACCUGACCGAGCUGGACGCCAUCCUGUUCAUCAGGCAGAUAUGCGAGGGGAUAAGACACAUGCAUAAGAUGUACAUCCUCCACUUAGACCUGAAGCCUGAGAAUAUCCUGUGUGUGAAUCGAGAUGCUAAACAAAUAAAAAUUAUUGAUUUUGGAUUGGCCAGAAGAUACAAACCCAGAGAGAAGCUGAAGGUGAACUUCGGGACCCCAGAAUUUCUUGCCCCUGAAGUUGUGAACUAUGAUUUUGUUUCCUUUCCCACUGACAUGUGGAGCGUGGGGGUCAUUGCCUACAUGCUACUUAGUGGUUUGUCCCCCUUCCUGGGUGAUAAUGAUGCUGAGACCCUGAACAACAUCCUGGUCUGCAGGUGGGACUUAGAGGAUGAAGAAUUUCAGAACAUCUCAGAGGAGGCCAGGGAGUUUAUCUCCAAGCUUCUGAUUAAGGAGAAGAGUUGGAGAAUAAGUGCGAGCGAAGCUCUCAAGCACCCCUGGUUGUCCGACCACAAGCUCCACUCCAGGCUCAGUGCACAGAAGAAGAAGAAUUGCUGCUCUGACACCCAGGACCUUGUGGCCAAAUAG